AUCGAGUGGGGGAGGUGGGCCUCUCCGUGUCGUCAAGGCAACGGCGUGUAUACAAAUAGUGCUACUCGCGGUUCGCAAACUCUUUGUUUAAACGUUCCCACUUUUUAAACGAGGGAAUAUUUUUUUUGUUUUUUUUAGGCGAGAUGAGCGAGUCGGUGCUCGCCGAGCUGCAAUGGGACGAGGGGAUGGCGAUCCCAGUCGCAAACGAGGAAAACAAAGCCUUGGAGAUGCAGCUGCAGAAGCGACUGCAGGAGAAUGUGUCGAUGGAAGGGGAAAUGAUGGAGCAGGAGGAACGACUUCACGCCAUGGUGGAGCAUCUCAAGAACGUGAAACAGGAGUUCACCAACACGCAGGUGCUGUGCCGCGCGCGGGAGAAGGAGCUGGAGACGGAGUCGCACUUCGCGACACUCGCCGAGCGCGAGGGCGGGCGCCUCAAGCAGGAGCUGCGCCGACUCGACGCGGAGAUGCACGACGCGAGGGAGAGGCAGAACAACCACCAGAACGAGCUGUUCCGGGCGACGCGCCGGCUGGAGGAUAAGCGAGCCGAGCUGCGCUGGGACAAGCUGGCGCUCGACACGUGGCUGGAGGAGGCAGCGCGCAGGGACGAGGACAUCGAGGCGCUGCAGAGAUACGCACGGCUCGACGAGGGCAAGAUCCGGGAGCUGAUGUUGAGACUCGACCGGCUCACGGAUGAGGAGUCUCAAAAGAGACGAUACCUCGAGAAUGAAGUCACGGAGACUGUGAUGACGCAGGUGGAGCUGGACAAGGCCGCAGAAGAGUUCCGCCGGGCGCAUCGGGAGCGGCAGCAGCUGCUGCAGCAGUGGGAGGAGACGAUUCAGCAGAUGCAGCGGAGGGACCGGGACGUCGAGCGCUGUGCGCUGGAGCUGGCCGAAGCGCGGCAGGAGCAGCGCGGGCGCAAGGAGCUGCUGCGGCAGAAGCGCGAGUUCCUGGAGCGCGAGGUGGAGAACAACGCGGAGCACGCGAGGCGCACGGCAGGCAGCGAGCGCCUCGCCCAAAAGCUGCGCCGCGCCCUGCUGCAGAUGGACGGCGCGCGGCAGCAGCUGCACGACCAGCUGGAGACCCUGAAGGGCACGGUGGAGCGCACGGCCACUGAGCUGGAGAACGCCCGUGCACAGGUGUCGAACCUAGGCAAGGAGGUGCAGGACAAGACUAACCGGCUGCGUGCGCUGGAGGGCGAGCGGGAGUCGCUGCGUGAGAGACUCAAGUCGAGCCAGGAGACGGCGCUGAGCGCGGAGGAGCGGGCGCUGCGCAUGGACGAGAUGUUCGCUCAGGAGCAGCAGCGCAUCAAGGAGCUGGAGCAGACUCUGGCGCAGGUGAAGAACCAGAAGUUUGCACGGGAGCAGCAGCUGCAGGAGGGCAGGGUGCGCGAGCGGCAGGCCGAGGUGGCGAUGGCCGGGGUGAGGGCCUCGAUCGCCGGCCUCAGAAGCAGACUCCAGCGCCUCGACGCGGACGCCAUCAAGCAGAGCAACAUCAUCUACAGCCAGGACUUCCAGCUGGCGCAGCUGGAGCGCCGCCUUGCCCAGCUGCAGGGGGACAUCUCCAACGAGGAGAAGGAGCAGCUGGAGGCUCAGGUCGCGAAGCUCAAGGCCCAGCUGAGCGAGAGGAACGACACGCACGCCCUGCUGACCGCACAGCUCCGCAGGGUGCAGGAUGACAUAAGGCACACUCGGAGAGACCUGGAACACUCGUCUGCUGAAAAGGCGGAACUCACGAGCAAGAUAGAGCAGCUGGACCUGGAAAACAAUUCAGCCGAGAAGGAAAUGAAGAAAAUCACGAACGCCAAGCAGGAGCUGCUGGUGGAGGAGAGCCUGCUGAAGCUGGAGUGCCGGCGCGUGCGAGGGCUGGUGGCCGCCAGCGCCGACGGCGUCCUCUCGCUGGAGAAGCGGCAGCAGGCGCUGCAGACAGCGCUCAAGGAGCGCUCCCUGGAGAACGACGCUCGCAAGCACGAGCUGCUGACCCUGGAGCGCGGCCUGCAGCAGGAGAGGCAGGCGCUCAGCGCUGAGCUCCACGAGAGGCUCUCGAAGGUGGACAGGAUGCGCAAGAGAUACGAGAUCUUGACGGUCGCCAUGGCCCCUCCGGAGGGUGAGGAGGAUAAAUCGCAGGCUUACUACGUGAUCAAGGCCGCCCAGGAGAAGGAGGAGAUGCAGAAGGAGGGAGACGAGCUCGAUGCCAGAAUCCGCCGCGCCGAGAAGGAGAUCCGUGCGAUGGAGAACACGGUGCAGGUGGUGAACGGGCGCAACGCGGCGCUGCGCAGAUCGCACAGCAAGGUCCCGCAGGGCGGCGCCGAGCACGAGGAGAGGCUGCGUCUCGAGGAGCAGAAACGAUCGCUGGAGGAGAAGCUCAAGUUCAAGAGGCGCCAAGUCCGUGAGCUCCAGCAGGACCUGCAGGUGAUGAAUGAGAGCAUGGAUGAGCUGCUGAGUGAAGGGGACGUGCAGGAGGGGGACCUGAAGGGGCACAGCGACAGCGUGCAGCAGCUGAAGAAGGAGAUCAGAGAGCAGCAGGAGAAGAUCGAGCGGGGAAAAAAACAGUGCUCCAGGCUGUCCCGCGAGUUGCGCGCGGCCGCCAAGAGCCGCGAGGCGACGCCGGCCGAGAGGGACGUGGCCCUGCGCGAGCUCCGCGACUUUGGACGCGCCGUGACGCGCCUGCUGUCCGACAUCCUGGGCCAGAGCCCGGAGGUGGCGGGAGACGUGCACGUGUUCUUCCAGCAGGCUGGGAUCACUCUGCCAUCACCAUCGUCUUCCACGUCAUCGUCGUCUUCCAGCAGCAGACAGAGCUCACGCCUUUCUUCUGCAAGAUCCUCUGCAUCAUCAGUCCGCAGCGGCGUUGGGUCCCAGCGAGCUUCGCCGGGGGCUGCGGUGACGACCGUGCAGCUGGGACUGGAGCUGCCGCCACCGUCGCCUUCAUCUCCGCACGGGGGCACCCCCGCGGGCAGGAGCCCCGGCCCCACGGGUUCCGCGGCUCCCAGCGGCCGCGGCUCGGUGGCCGAGAGCACCAAGGGAAGUGCAAAAUCGUCUCGGCCGAGCAGUCGUGAAAGUCAGCGCAGCAAUCGGCGAUAGCGUCAUCUGUUCCAACGCAGCCGUUCCCGACGCGUGGCCAACUCGGCACCCAAGCACAAACUUCCAAUUUCGAUUUAAAGCUUUCGUGACUGCAAGGAUUCAUCUUCUUUGGUUCUUUCGGUAAAGUCACCAUGUAGAAUGAGAAUACAAUAAUAAAUUGAUAAAAUAAAAUAACACAAUAAUAUUCUCACGACGUUUCGGCCACAACACAAGCGGCCAUUCUACGUGACUUUACCGAAAGAACCGAAGAAGACAAACUUCCAACAUAGACAAAGACAGGGUAAAGGUCCCCCCGUAUAGCUUUAACAAGCGCUGCUCGCGAGUAGCACCUAUGAAGGCCGGCACGGCACAUGAUGGGCGGUGGGUGGGUGGCCAGCAACACGCCCGGCCACAUUUGUCUCCCCGUCGGCGAUGAUUGCGACAAACAGAUACUCAUUGGACCGGUUUAUGUUCUUAGCUCUUUCGGUCGUUUGUGUUAUGGUCGAAACGUCGUGAGAAUUUUGAUUGUUUUAUAUAUGUUUUAUUAUUUUAUUGUUUCCCUUCAACGUGACUUUACCGAAAGAGCUAAGAA